AUGUCCAGCCAGUAUGCACAAGGGACCUUGAUUUGGGUGAAGCAUGAGGAAGAAGUUUGGAUACAGGCUGAGAUCAUCACGGCCACUGAGAAGGAGAUCAUUGUCAAAACAAUAGAGGAUCCGAACGCUCGAAUCGUGCUGGGGCCAAACGAGCCAAUCUUCCUCAGGACCACAGAUACAUACACCUCAGAGGGCCUGUCUGUGCUAGAUGAUCUCACGCAGCUCACACACCUUCACGAACCUGCGGUGCUGAGCUCGCUGCAGAAUCGAUUCGACAUCGACAAGAUCUAUACCUUCACGGGGCCUAUUCUUAUUGCGGUGAAUCCUUUCAAAGUGAUUCCUGGCAUUUACGAUGAAGAGGUCUUGAAGAGCUUCAUUAGCACAAAGCCUUCAACUAAGCCGCACGUUUUCAAUACCUCCAAUGCAUCCUACCGCGGCAUUUGCGAUCGACACAAGUCACAGACUGUGCUCAUCAGUGGCGAGUCUGGCGCGGGGAAGACUGAGACCACCAAGUUUGUCAUGAAGUUCCUGGCGCUAGCCGGAUCCUCCGACGGCGAGGUGACCGACGUCGAGCGCCAGGUGCUUGAGUCGAAUCCAUUGCUCGAAGCCUUUGGGAAUGCCAGAACUUUGCGGAAUGACAAUUCCAGCCGCUUUGGGAAGUUCAUUGAGCUGCAGCUGGGCAGCCCAGACUUUACAUCGAAAUUUUGCUGA